AUGGUGGACGUGCCGAAGCAUUACCGAAAGUACUACGUCUCCUACAAGAAGAUUAAAAGGACCAUUCUUAAGAUGGGGCACAAGUACAAAAAGAAGCUCGAGAAGGACCUCAUACAAAGUGCCGCCAGGAGGGUUGACGAGCAAGGCAUAAAACUGCUGCCACCCUUCCUGUUCAACGACCUCAUCACCCAGGAAAUCAAAAAAAUAAACAAAUUUUCCGAAAAAAAGUACAACGAAAUUGUUGACAGUCUGAUGAUCACCUACGAGCAGCUCAAGUCGGUCGACAGCUACCCCGGAAAAAAGGAAAAAGAAGAAAUGGAGAAGAGGAUAGACUUAAUAGGCUGUGACAUUGUCCAUUUCGAUUUUUACAUUCAUAAGAAUUGCAAAAUAUUGAUGCAGCUGGGUUUUUUUUUCGAUCAUGUAAUGAACAUUUCCAUCAACCAGUGGCUGCUCCUCGGAUUAAUAAAAGAGAAGUUUUGUAACAUCAAUGUGGAUGAGUUGGUGGUGUACCUGUCUGUUCUGUAUGCCCUGCACCGUUCUCGGUGCGCAACAAACACAAACAACGCAUGCAACGCCGCAACCUCCGCACAUGGCAGAACGUGGGUCCCACCUGAGACCUUCGAACGAACAUCCACCAAGUUCCUAAUGAAGUACGAAGACAUCGUAUACACCAAGGUAAAAAUUGUAAAGCACCUGCCCUACUUAAUAUUCGGUCUAAGCAACCAGGACCUGGAAAAGCACUUCCAAAAUUUCGUCCAAAUGAAGAAGCAAAAACUGAUUAAUCAGACGGGUAAAGAAUCAGACGAUUUGCAGGGGGAAAACAAAGCUCUAAACGAAUCUCAACAAAUAACUUCCGUCUACCUGGACAAUGAAGAAGCCACAUGUUACAGCAACCGAAUUUUGAGAUAUGAAAACGCGCAACUUAUCCGAUUCAGGUGGUACAACGAUAACGACGGCGAUCCGGAGAAGACCAUUUUUAUUGAAAGGAAAAUUCACCAUGAGGAGUGGACCGGAGAGACCUCCACGAAGGAGAGAUUCGAGUUGCAACAAAAGUAUGUGUUCAAAUUUAUGACUGGCCAAAUGGACGUGCGGAAGUUCUUCCAAAGGAAGCAAAUCGCAAUGGGGAAGGAACCCACCCAGGUGAAAGCCACUUCCGUGGUAAAUUUGAAAAAAAAAAUGAAAAAGAACGAGGCGCUCGCAAAGGAGAUCCAAACCAUGAUAACGAAAAACAAGUUGGAACCCAUCAUCAGAACAUCCUACCUCAGGUCGGCGUUCCAACUGAGUGAUGACAACUCCGUGAGAAUUUCCAUCGAUACGAACGUUUCCAUGCUGAACGAAUAUGUUCACAAAAGAGAGCACUGGUGUAGGUUAGCAGAGGAGGCUUUGCGAAAAAAUGAAAUAAGGCGUUUAAAUUAUGCAAUCAUAGAAGUCAAACUGAAGGUGGAGAAACCCCCCCAAUGGGUACAAGACAUAUUAAACAGCAACCAUUUUAUUAACGCGUAUAAAUAUUCAAAAUAUCAAACAGCUAUGGCUUUGUUACACCCAGAGAAAAUUAAAUACAUUCCUGUGUGGAUCCAUGCUAAUGUCCAUGAGAAAUUCAAACCCAACAAUAACUACGCUGAGUCGGUCUUGACUGGAUGUAGUAGUUCUGCAAUGGGGGAUAACACUAACGUCGAUUCUUUGCAGGCAUCAGUUGGGGUCACCAUCGAAAAAGUUGCCAGUAUUGCACCUGCAACAAGUGACCGCCACGAAAUAAUACCCCUACAGGGGGGAAAUGGUGAUCCCCCCACAAACAGAAGAAACAAACUUUAUACGAAUGGUUAUGCACACCAGACAAACAAUCCCCCCUCCCAUCAAUCUUUAGAAAAAUGGAACAUGUUAGACAAGACGUCCCUCUGGUUGAGUCACAAAUAUAGCAGAAAUAAAAAUGCGCAGGAAAAAAUCAACCUGCUCAAAAUCGAUCCAAAAAUAAAUUUUGCAGCAGAAAGAACUUUUCUUCAUUACUCCCUGAUCUCCGUGUACAUCACCCUGUUGGCACUUUUUUUAGAAAAAUAUAAAAAUGAAAAUGAAGAUUUGGACCUCCUCAUUAUUUUGCUGUUGGGUACUUCCUUCUCCUCCUUAAUAUCGUCCUACUUUCUCUUUUUGAAGCGCAUCGAGAUUAUUGACCGGCGAAAGACCAAGGAACCGCUGCUGGGACGCCGCCGCUUCGACAGCUUUUACAGCCCCCUCAUUUUUUUACUCCUUCUCUUCUUUUCCAUCAUUUUGUCAAUUUAUUUCAACUUCAACGUGAAGGCGAUCAAGGCGGCGAGCUGGACCCCCCUCACCUUCAGCGUGAACAACCCCGCCCAGGCAUGCAACAGCAGCACACACUUUUGCAAAUACCUGACGACAGCAAAAAGCGAAACUACAUCCAAUGAAAAUUUCCUUAACGAGCUCAUGUCCGAUGGUUACAAAGGAUGGGAAUACUACAUCAAAGGAAUAAAUCCAGACUACGCGCCAAGGAAAGAAAUGUAUCAUUUUUUGACAGAAAAAAAAAUUAAUGUGUGCAGAAUGACUGUGUACGAAAUUGAGUGCUUCACCAAGUGGAUACAAAUGAGAAAACUGUAUGGAAAGCAGUUCCCCCGAUUUCCAUACGAAGUAACAUUCGACGACAAAAUUAACCAACUGCAGGAGAAGUAUCCCUUACAAGAAUGA